UUUAUGAUUAUUGUUUUUCUUCUGUUAUCAUUAGUUUUAUUUGCAAGAUUAAGUAGUUAGCAUGUCAUCAAUUAAAUAAGAAUCUUUUUAAAUGAAUUAGUUGUAAAAAUGAAACGAGUCUGCAUAGUUGGAGCUGGUACCGCGGGUCUCUGCGCUGCCCGUAGAGCAUUAGAGGACGGGUUUAGUGUAACCCUUUACGAGCAGACAAAUAGCGUAGGAGGCACAUGGGUAUAUACGGAUAAGAUAGGAACCGAUGAAUAUGGCAUUGAUGUUCACAGCAGCAUGUAUCAGGGCCUCCGAACCAAUCUGCCAAAAGAGGUUAUGGGCUAUCCUGACUUUUCCAUUGAACGCACAGAAGAGUCGUAUGUGCCAUCGCGGGUCAUAGAGACAUUUUUAAACGAUUACUGUAGUGAACACAAUUUGCUACAAUACAUCAAAUUGUUGCAUUAUGUUAUAAGAAUAACGCCAGCUAGAAACAAUACAUGGCAGGUGAUUGUGAAAAAUUUAGAAAAUCAGAGUGUAGAUUUUCUAUCCUACGAUUAUGUAAUGGUAUGCAAUGGUCACUAUCAUACUCCUUCAUAUCCCAGGGUCGAGGGAUCGGAUACUUUUACAGGAUUACAAAUCCACAGCCAUGAUUAUAAAAAUGCAAACAGGUUUAAAGAUCAAACCGUACUGAUUAUUGGUGCCGGACCAAGUGGCAUGGAUUUAUGCAAUGAAAUAUCGAAAGUAGCUAAAAAAGUUACACUCAGCCAUCACAUGCCAGAAGCACCCAAGACAAUAUUCAAAUCAAAUGUAAAUCAGAAACCUGAUGUAUCCCAUAUCGAAGGCGACACAAUUUAUUUCAAAGACAAUUCAUGUGAUAAAUAUUCGAUACUGUUUUAUUGCACUGGCUACAAAUAUGCGUUUCCAUUCUUAUCUGCAGACUGUGGUAUUUAUGUGGAUGAUAAUUAUGUGAAACACCUGUAUAAACACUGUCUCAAUAUACGCCAUCCCUCAAUGGCGUUUAUUGGUAUACCGUAUUAUGUGUGUGCGGCUCAAAUGUGUGAUUUGCAAGCUAGAUUCGUUUUAACAUAUUGGACGGAUCGUCAAAAUCUACCCAGCCAAAAUGAAAUGCUAGAGGAUACAAAAGAUAAAAUGAAGCAGCGUUUUGCUAAAGGCUUAAAAAAACGUCAAGCUCAUAUGAUGGGCGAAGAGCAGGGUUUUUACUACAACGAUUUGGCAGAAACAGCGCAUAUCGAAAAUAUUAAACCAGUGAUGACUGCCUUGCACAACGAAAGCAGUAGAAGAUUUUUAGACGAUUUGCUACAUUUUCGUGAUGACGUAUUUCGGAUUGUAGAUGAUAAAGAAUUUAUCAAAUUAAACUAAAUAUGUAAUAUCAUCAUUGUAUGUUAAAAUUUAAACAUUCUAAUUUCAAAAUCAUUAUUAAAUCAAAUUUAUGUAUGUAAA